UAUCUUAUCUUUUCUACCUGCAUUUGAUCCCAAUACAUACAAUAGAGAUGGCCAUCAGCUUUGGUAAAGGAUUGCUUGUCCUCCUCCUAACCUUAGGAGCCACCUUGGCAAUUAGCCAAGCUGAAACAGUUGUUGUUGGAGGAUCCGAGGGAUGGCGUUAUGGCUACAAUUACACUGAGUGGGCCUUCAACCACGGUGCCUUUUUCCGCGGUGACAUACUAGUGUUCAAGUAUCCUCCUCCUAGCGACACCGUGAAGCCUCACAGCGUGUACCUGCUACCAAACCUAUACAGCUUCCUAACAUGCGAUUUUAGCCACGCAACUCUAUUGGCAGGACCUAAUCAAGGAGGUGGAGAUGGAUUCUCGUACGUGCUAACUAAGAUCAGCCCUAACUACUUUGCUAGCGGAGAGGGAAAUGGCGAUGACUGCAACAAAGGAUUGAUGAAAUUCGAUGCCAUUCCUCUGUAUCGUCCUCCUACAUCCCCUUGAAGAGUUUCGCUAAAGAAAAAUCUCUGCUACAUGAUUAAUAAAGCAGGGAUCUCGCUUAAACAUUAUAUAUAUUUCUUUUGUGUAAUGGCAUGAAUACAUGCUACUAAAUUGAUAUGGCAGAACACGAUGGAAAUUAAGAUUAAGAGUGGAUACACUUCUUUAUUUGAUUUUUAUAAUCGUGUGAUAUUGUAAUAAACUAGAAUGAUGAAACAAUAAAUGCAAUACAUGUGCUUGUGGUUUUUCUUGUACAUAAGCCUGUUUCAUGCA